UUUAUAAUUAUGUAUUUGUUUUUCUGCUUGUGAGCAAUCAGUGCUUGGAGAGAAGGCGUUUGGAAAGGAAACACUGCAGAAAGGAAAGGGGUGAAAUAAGUUGGAAAAGCUUUGAAAAUUUAUUGCAAGCAGUUGCAGUUGCACGUUGAAAGAAUAGAAACUCAAGUAACUGGCUUUAAAAUGCAUCCACAUAAAGGAGCCGGAGUACCUUGGGUGGUACUGCUCUUACUCCUGCUGGGUGGCAAUACAGUUCGUUCGGCUAAUAUACUUGUCCUAUUUCCACAUGCCAGUGAGAGUCACUUUGCAGUGAUGAGAACCUUGGUCACCGAAUUAGCAGGAAGAGAGCACAAUGUGACUGUAUACGGCAGCCAUGGUCUAGGUGAGAGUGUGGAUCGCAUUACGGAAACUGUUGUCGCGCCGGAAUAUAACUUCUGGAGUAACUUGCAGAAGCAUGCGGCACCUGGUGGCAGCCUGGAAGAUCUGAGUCGUUUGGCUGAUCACAAAUUACGCAAUUCCUUGGCCAAUGUGGGAUCACAAGCUUUGGAUCAUUUUCUCUCCAAGCCGGCGAUGCAAGCGUUGCUGCAGUUGCCAACCCUGGAAUUUAAUUAUGAUGUCAUUAUCGUUGAUUACUUCUACACGGAGGCGCUUCUGGCGUUGGGCUAUAAGCAUAAUAAGCCCACAAUUGGCAUAGUUAGCACCGAUUUUGGCAACUAUAUGGAUGCUGUGCAGGAAUCAUUGGUACCAGCUGCCUGUUCACCCAUUGAUUUUGCGCAGUACACAUCAGAUUUAAGCUUUUUGACACGUUUGGGUAAUGUACGUGACUGCAUCGCGAGACGCAAGCGAUUCCAGAAGGAUCAUUAUGCGGCGCAGGAUCAAUUGAUACGCAAGCAUUUCAAAAUGGCAAACACAGUGAUGGAACUGCAGGCUUCUCAUCUGUCGCUGCUGUUGCUGAACAAUCAUGUACCACUCUUGACACCACGACCGUUAGUGCAACAGAUUGUGCCCGCCGGCGGUCUGCACAUACGCGGACCACGCGAACUGCCCUGGAACAUCAAGCGUUUUAUGGAAGAGGCUCGCGCCGGCAUCAUUUAUAUGCAGCUUGGUAACGAGCAGCUCUGCGGUCAGCUGCCUAAACCGAAGCUGCAGAUACUCUUUGAUUUUCUGGGCGCGCGCAAGGAAGGUGUGAUUUGGACUUGUCACGAUGUGAAGAAGCUUGAAGGUCAGCCCAGGAACGUGAUGAUACAGCAUGCAGUGCCGCAAAUUGACAUCCUAGCCCAUCCGAAAGUGCGUGUCUUUAUUAUGAAUGGAGAUCUAUUGAGCCUACAAGAGGGCAUUGUACGCCAUGUUCCCAUGUUGGGUUUACCAAUCUUCCGGAAUGAACGCAAGAAUAUGCAGCUAGCGGUAAAGUUGGGAGUAGGCCUACAGCUGGAUUCUACCAAUUUCACCAGCGCAGCCUUGAACUGGGCUCUGGAGGAGCUCACAACAGGACAAAAGUAUCAGCUGACAAUUCGAGAGGUGUCCAGUGAGUUCCGGGACAGACCGCUGGGUGCAUUGGCCAGCGCCAUGUUCUGGGUGAACUACGUGGUACGGCAUAAAGGCGGCGCUUCGAUAAGAACACGUGGAAUUGAUAUAGCCUCUAAACAUUUGCAUCUUUUUGAUUUGUUUAUAUUUUACUUUGGUGUGGCAGUUUUGUUUCUCGCAGUUUUGGUGGCCGGUUACUUUGCAGUCGUAUAUACUUUGCAAAGAAAGCGAAAUGAACAAAAGUUGUCAAAAUUAAAUUAGAUUUAUGUCAACAAAUUAUUAAAGCCAAAGUGAACUAAUAAAGAUUACAAUUUUCAAAUAA